AAGCGUCUCCGUAAACACUUGGUUUCAACUAGUCACGUCAUCGGACGGUCCAAAAGACUCAAGCUCCCGUGCGCGGUUCUCUCCAACGGCCGAUCCGUGCCCCGACCAGCCGCCUUCCCUUCUUCGGGCUCGGCGACGAUGGCGACGACCGCCGCGGCUGCGCCCAGGCACAGCUGCGCGAAUCUCUCGGUGGCGGUGGAGGACCCCAAGGCGGCGGGCGGCGGCGCCGUAUUCGUCAAAGCCACGUGGCUCCCCACCCGCUUCUCCCUCGCCGUCACCGACGGCGCCGGCGCGUGGGUCGCCGACGCUUCCGACGCCGAGGUGCGGCUCCGCGCCGAGCAGUGGGAUCAGCCCGUCGCAGAUUACCUCGCCCUCGCGGAGCGCUACCUCGCCUUCCACCAGCCGUCCUCCUCCUACUCCUUCCACGACGCCGGCAACGGUCAUCGCAGGUUGUCAUGGACAUUUGAAAGACAAGGUACCAAGUUGGAAUGGCGUUGGAAGCUGCAGCCUUCACCUACUACCCAACAGACUAUAUCUGAGAUCCUGGAUUUUCUUAUGGUUGCAAAUAUACGCUUGAGUGAAGAGGUUGUUAGGAAAACACAAUCCUUCGACAAGUUGAAACAAGAAGCCGAGAAGUGCUUGCAACAAAGUGAAAGAUUAAAUAAUGAGAAAGCUGAGUUCGUACAAGCCACCUUUUCAAAGUUUGUGGCUGUCUUAAACUCAAAGAAGGCCAAGCUCAGACAGCUUAGAGACAAAGUUGCUGAACUCGAAUCUGCGGACAAGCGUCCAAAGGAGGAAGAGGAGAACUCAACGGACAGAACAGAGCUCUUCGAGGGAGGAGGCGACAAAGAGGCAAGCGUCAACGAUGAGCCAUCAGAGACAGGCAGCGACCAUCUUCAUAGCUCUCCUGAGAAAUCCGCAGCCACCUCCAGAGGGAGGAGAGGUUGCAAGAGGACAAGAAAAUAGACUGAACAAAGCAAACUCACUGCUAGACUGAACAUAACGGGACCUACAUGGAAAAUGUUUAUCCUUGUGAUGUAUCAGUCAUCCAGCUAGUUGAUCAUGCACCUUGUGACUUCCAUCUGCAGCUGACCCUUGAUCUAUCAUGCCAAAGUUGUUGAAAAUGGUCUUCACGUGUUUUUGGCAGAGGAAGGUACCAAAUUGAAGUGUAUGACGAAAGUGACUGCGGAUGUCAGCUGUAGCUUAUUGAUGAAGAAUAUUUGCAUUUCAUCACAUGUGUUAUGUCCCAUACCAUUUUUUUCCAUUUCAUUUGAGCUCGGUCGCUUUCUUUUCCCCCUCAGAUAUAUUUUCCUUGCUUGGAAAAACAAAAGAAAAGAGGAGGAAUGUUUGACCACGUGUUUUUCAUGCAUUUGAGGGCCGGUCAAUUUCCAUUUUCCAGAGUCGAACACUCAGACUCUUCCUCGUUUCCUGGCUGUUGGACCAAAUAAACAUUUGGAAUCCACGCGGCAGAACAUUUCCUGCUGUUGACCACCAUCGCCCCUCCCAGGCUCCCGCCAUCCUCCCAGCAGACGCGGAAGAAGCACAGGAGAGAAAAAGCGGAAAGGAAAGAAGAACCAGAUCGAGAAACAAAGUUGAGGUAAGAAAUCGCUUGCUAAUCUGAUGCGAUUCGUUGACGCAGCUUUUUUUCUGGGAGCUCUGAUGCAGUAGGCUGUUUUGGCUGGAGUGCAGAUUGUUCAGGUGAAUUCGUUUUGCCUUUUCCGGUUCUUUUGUGUGUUUUCAGUGUCUAUCUGGGAUUAUUUGGCGGAGUGGCGGUUUUGGCUCCGUCUUCCGCCACGGUGAAGACCAGCGCCGCCGCCAUCGUCAACCCCGAUGCCCCCAAACUGACACCACAAUUAGCGUCUCCGCCAUGUCCAAUCCUUCAGGUGACCUUGUCCGAGCACCAUGUCACGAACCUCAGUGGAUCAAGUAACCGAAUCAACACACAAACACCGAAUUCCUCAAGUUCAGGAUGUGUUUGCCUCAGCCAAACCAAGCACAAACACUGGGAUACAAGUGGGAGAGAAGAACAGCACAGAGGGGAAGAAAGAGGUCUGGUCUGCUAGAAGAAGAAGAACGGAGGAGCCCAGAAGGAAGCUGAGGGAGCCGGAGGUAGAAGAAGAUGUCGAGGAGGAAGAAGAGAGCCGGUUCAGUCUGUUCUAUUCGCUCCUUUUUCACGUGCUGUGUCGCCCCUUUGGUACCCGGCGUCCAGCCCAGCCAGGGAGGGGCCAGCUUGGCGCCCGCCCAGCGGGGCAGUCCCUGACACACCACCCGCUGCCGUUUAUCCACCGGCCGGACAUCCGAAGACCGAAGUAACCUGCGGCACCUCAUGGCAUUUAGGGUCUCCAUCGGCCGCCACUGUCUCCGCCGACCAAUCGCCGUCGAUCUUCUCUGCCCCGGCCAUGGCAACCGCCGCUGCCAGCCUUCAUCUGGGCAUCUCCGGCCACAUCGCAUCCGCCAUCGGUACGCACAGUAUCCUUGACGCUCAAUCGACCAGACUGUGGCCCGGAGCUCCGUCCCCUUCCACCGGCCUUGAGUUCUUCUCCGCGCCGCCGCGUUAUCGUAUUCUCGCCGUUUCCGCGCUACAAGCCUACAACGGCCGCGCAUCCGGGUUCUCCGCUACCGAGAUCAUGGUGUGAGCACAUCCUCGGCGUCGCUUAUCCGCCGGAGUCUGCUAGCGCCCGUCGUCGUGCACCGCCGCCAGAUGCGAACGAGGGGCAGAGAAUUUGGAUCGCGGUUAAUAAUCGCAACCCAAAAUAGGGGUUACAUGCAAAUAUUUUGUAAGCGUUUUAGCAUUAGAAGAUAACAAAAUUCACUUCUUUUAAAAAAAUCUAAUUAUUUAAAUAAAUAUAAAAUCAAGGAAAUAUAUAGUUGAAUAUAUAUACAUGUAUGUAUAUAUUCACAUAUAUUAUUUUGACUAAGUAUUUUAAAGAGCACCAAAUUAAUUUCUAAAUUAAUCCUUGCAAUAAAUUGAUAUGUAUUUUUGGUUUAUUUGUUUUUAUGAUUCUUUGAGUGAGGAUUUGAAUUUGAAUGUCUCUCAAAUUCAAAUCUAGAUCCUUAGAUUUAAUUCAGCUGAAAUCCAAUUAAAUUCAUACCUUCUAAAUUCAAACCUCUCUCAAAUAUCAAAGCUUCAAAUUCAAAUCCAUAUCCAAAUCCUAGUUCAAAUAAAUCCAUUUGAAUUAGUACCAAUCAAUUCCCAUUUAUUUUAUUCUUCACGGGCUGCCUUCUUUUCUUUUCCUUGCGCAACCCAGGCCAACGCGACACAGCCCUUCCUCCCCCUUGCGAGCGCACCUUGGGCUACCACCACGCUGUACCGACCAAGUGGCGCGUGUAGUAAGCCAGCUCGACACACGCACGCGCCAACCCAUGCAUUAGCCCGCCAGCCAAGCGCUAGUUUGCUCUCCUCUCCCUCACCGACAUGGGAGACCCACACCGCCUGCUCUCUUCACCCUCCUCUAGCUCGCUGUCGCGCUGACCUAAAGUCACACCGUUGUUUCCCGCAUUCAAUGUGCCAACGACUUCCUUGCCUUCUCCUCUCUCUCUCUCUCUCUCUCUCUCUCUCUCUCUCUCUCUCUCUCUCUCUCUCCUGCCGACGCGUGUAACGCGGGGAAAGGCCUGACACCGCGACUAUGCAGCACACCGUACACAAUGGCCGGUGCUCGUGCUGCCAUUGCCAUGCGUUUUCCAGUAGGCACUGCCACAGACAUGUCACGUCGCGCCAUCUCACCACCGCCACCUCUUGCUCCCCCUCCUAUAAAAUGGGCACGCAGGCCCCUUUUUCCCCUUCUUCCCCCAAAUCCACUACCGCUGUUGAGCCGCUGUCACAGACACGUUGCCGCUUCGACCCGCUAGCCACCACCGUAAAGCCUUCACUGGAAGCGCGAAGGAGUGCAGGAGAACGCUUGGAGCCGAGAGGAGAGUAGGGACCCGAGGUCGAGCCGACGUCACCACCGCCUACGACUUCUCGCCGCAGUCACGCAUCCCUCUAUCGUUGGCCACCCUUCCUUCCCCAGAGACAACGGUGAGUCUCCCCUGCCCUUCUACCCCUUCCCAGUUAGCGCGUUGUGGUUCGUGUGUCCUGCCUUGGUGCGGCAAAGGGUAACAACGGGAUUUUCCCCUACUGUCGUGGUAUGAUUGCUGCUAAUGGCCCUCGCCCCAUUUAUUGAGCUCGCCUUCGUGCCGUGGAGACACCAGAGGCUGUAGCCGUAGGUUUGCAGGUGCCCAGAGCGCAUAAUUUGCGGGGAGGUGUUGCCCAUUUUUUUGCUACCAUCGUCACGACCAUCUCCAGCCACCGUCUGACAUCGCUUCGGCCACCGCCUUCCGACGAUGAGCCCCAAAUCAGAAUCCUCGUCACGCGUAGAUGCCCGACCUAUAUAUCUCAUUGUGAACCCCUGGCGGCACUUCCACCCAUUGUACAAAGCUUAAUCCCCCAAAGAUUAAACUUGGUACCACAUGGAACAUGGCAAACACCACUAAGACUUGGUCACAAGCAAUUUUCACCACUAAGGCCAACAACAACAAAUGAUUAGAUCUAAAAUACCUUUUAGAUACACUGGACUCCUAAAACAAACUCUCAACACAAGCUCAUCCUGCACUAAGCACAUCGUUUGAGCAUUUGACACGACAAUCGAGCAACGCUUUUGGUAGCCCCUCUUGAUAGUACGGCUAUCAAUUCUAUAAUCUGGUUUCCCACCAAACUCUUUGAGACUGAAAAAACUAGAAAAUCUAUUCUAUUUAUACAUUUUCCUUAAGCAAUCUCAUCAGACUUGACAAACACAUCAUCUAAGCCCCGAUGCUUCUCAUAGCUCUUCAAGGCUCAUCAUCAGCUUCUCUUCUCUUGAUGACGUUGAUCAUCCUCAUUUUCAUCUUGAUCUUCACUCGAUCUCUAGAAGCUUAAUGAAGCUCUCUUGAUAGCUUCCUAUGUAUAAAGUAUAGGAAACUUCACUCUUCGUGUCAUCUUCAUUUGGUUCACCACUAAUGCAUGAACCGAAAGCAUCAAGUAUAUAAGUUAUCCACUAAGCUUGUAUUGAUCUUGAUCUUUCAACUUGGUAUAUUGAAUAUCUCAAUUCAACUCAUGCCUUCUUAUAGAACCUAACCCUAAUUCACUCUUAAGCACAAAGCACAUGGGUUAGUCCACAAAACUCAAUUGACAAUCUUAUAACUUUAGUCACUUAAUCUCCACAUAUGACUUAUCCUUCACGCUUAUCGUCAAUCUUCUUGAGCUUCUCCUUUAUCUCAUGAGCAUCACCUAGAGCUCAAUGACAUAGAUGCAUUUCUUUGAUCUCAAAGAAUUCCUCAAUGAAUCCACAAUAUAUCACUUAUGCAUCUCCUAUGAAACAACCUACUAAUAAUUCUCAAUAUAAUUAUUAGUCUAUAGGUAUUAUCAUCACUUACCCGAGCAUCAUCUAAAGCUCAUUCAUCUUGAUGCAUCUCUCUUGAUCAUAUGGCAUUCCUCAAUGAAUCCAUGCUCAUACUUUCAUGCAUCACCUAUGGAACAAUCUACUAAUAAUUCUCAACACAAUUAUUAGUUUAUAGGUAUUAUCAUUAA